GUAUCCUCCGUUCGCGCCGUUUAUCGCUCUUUUCCGACGGCAAACGAUACGCUGAACCGUCCGGACACAAUUAUUAAAUAUCGUUUGUUCCCGUUCACCCAGUAAACAAUACUAUAUCGCCGGCCGAGUCCAAACGUCGUCGAUUCACUAUCAUUUACUAUCGUCGUUAUCGUUAUCGUGUAGUGGUGGAGGUAGUGCCCAUCGUGGGGAUAAAAAUCGACUGUACCGUACGCACAUCACAAUAAUAUUGUUCGUGAUUUAAUUUUUAAGCAYCCACUCGGCGUGAUACUCGUCAUGUGUUUUGUUCGUUGAGCCCGAUAUUUAAUUCGACUCUGACAACGUGAAAACGCCACAACGGCUGGUGCGACCCACUGCUUCUGCUGCUACGACGACUACUGCUAGCUGGUACCCGCCAUCGAUGUCCAGCCCCGUGGUGGUGGCUUUUCGACAGACUGCAAAUCGGCGGUCCACUCGACACAGCGAUGUCGUCGGUCUGUUGUUCGAUUAGAAUAGUGUUGUCAUCAUAUCGCACUGCUGCUGUGCUCAAGACGCUGGUGAUGUGACUGCGUCACAAUGAAAGUCACCGUCUGCUUUGGUUCAACUAGGGUCGUCGUCCCCUGUGGACGUGGAGAAAUAUUGGUCAGAGACCUAAUUCAGCAAGCCAUCACUAGAUACAAGAAAGCCACUGGAAAGAGCUCAAAUUCAUGGGUGACCGUCCACAGUUUGCAGUCCCAGAGUGAUGGUGGUAUCUUGGAUCCAGAUGAUCGUCUCAGGGAUGUGGCAGAUGAUAGAGAACAAAUUGUUGCUCUUUAUGAUGACGGUGAUAGCAAUAGUCCUCACCAACACGGUGGUGGAGAUGGAGCUAGUGUUACCUCUAGUCCGGAUAUGUUUCACAGCCGAGAUGGAUUACAAACUGACAUUGAAGUCACUAAUGAACAAAUUGCUUGUGGUUUCCCAGCUUUACAUGUCCGUAGAGGUAGUGAACCAGCUCUUAAUCAAUUACCACUUGAAUGCCCAAACAAUUUGGGCAAAAGAAAUAGCAAUACUAGGCCUGCUGCAUCGGGUCAAUCUAAACGAUGGUCAGCAGCUCCUAUGAUUCACGACCCUAAAGAAAAAUUAAGAAGCGAUGAUUACAUGAAAAUCAAUGGUUUUGGUUUAUCUGACAAAUGGAGGUGUUCUGAAGAAGAUGAAGAUGAGUUAGAAUUAGGUGACAAAGAUAAACCACCAAUUAGCAAUCAUUUUCUAGCACCAUCUUUUCAUCGUGAUUCUUCCAAUCGUUUAUCAAUGCAAUUCUUAGGAGAGUCAUCAAGUGGAUUUCGGUGGGCAGAGGCAGCUGAUUUGGCAAAUAAUCGAGCCUUAUCGUUAUCAUUACCAAGAGACCAUCGAAGGAAAGAACCGUUGGGCCAAGCAAAUACAAACCCUAGUCACUUACCAGAAUCACAAAACACGGAAUUUAUAGUGCUAAGCACUGGUGGGGGAUCAUUAGGUAUUCAUGUUGUCCCAGAUUACAAUGCUCUAGGCAAAGAACGUGGUCUUCUGGUUCAAGGAAUUGAACCUGGUGGUCGGGUGCAUUGUGAUGGCAGAUUGAAAGUAUAUGAUCGAAUUGUCGAAAUCAAUGGCCGGUCAUUAUUGGAUCAACCAUUUAAUGCUAUACAAGAAAUAUUUCGAGAUUCACUACACUCUUCAGAGCUCAGACUUAGAGUGGUAAAACAUAAAAAUAAUAUGGAUGCGCAAACUAGUCAAAAUACGGCGGCUGGUAACAAAAAACAGCCACCACCACCAGUGUUUCCUAAACCAUCCUCAAAUACCACUGCAACUUAUAGUAAUAAAGAAAAUGUAUCUACAGUAUCAUCUGAUAAAGAUAAAGCUAACUCAAAUACUAAAAUAGCCACCAUUUCGCCAACUAAAAAAAUUUCAGCUGCAACUCAUACAGCAUCCAAUAUCUUAAUGGUGGCCAACACAAGAAAAAUUGGAAAGAAAAUAGAAUUAGAACUUACUAAAGGACUUCAUGGGCUAGGAUUUAGUAUAACAACUAGAGAUAAUCCAGCUGGUGGAAAUUGUCCUAUUUACAUAAAAAAUGUGUUACCAAAAGGAGCUGCUGUAGAAGAUGGACGAUUACGACCAGGUGAUCGAUUAUUGGCAGUCAAUGGUACAGAAUUGACAGGCAAGACUCAAUCUGAAGCAGUUGCUGUAUUACGAAAAGUUCCAUCUGGUGCAAAGGUUAAAAUUAUUGUUUCUAGACAAGAAGAUGUAGUAAUUAGUCAAGUAGGCCAGAAAUCAAAUCAAGAUCUAGAUGAAAAUUAUGAACAAGAAGUAGGGAUUUCAUCAGACAAUCAAUUAGUAGAAACAAAUGAAAAAUCUAACAGUAAUACAGUUCAGGAAUAUGUUAAAAGCUUAGAAGAAACACAAACAUUUCCUUGGAGACAUAAAGAAAUACUGACCUUUGACAUUCCUGUGCAUGAUUCAGAAAAAGCUGGUUUAGGUAUUAGUGUUAAAGGUAAAACAUCAUCUAGUAAUAACUCUAAUGAUAAAGACUUCUCACAAGACUUAGGUAUAUUUAUCAAAAAUGUUAUUCACGGUGGUGCAGCUUCAAGGGAUGGUAGAUUACGUACUAAUGACCAACUAUUACAUAUAAACGGUUUAUCGUUGAUUGGACAAACUAAUGCAGCAGCUAUGGAAACAUUACGUAGAACUAUGAUGAAUGUAGACCCUGGACCAGUACCCGGAGCUAUCUCAUUGAUAGUAGCCCGCCGACGUAAUAGUUCUCCUACAUUAAACAGAAGACGUAGUCGUGACUCUUCAUCAAGUCUACUCACAGAUUCAUCUGCAAACACUGAAACAUUUAGCCGAGCUGAAAGCAGUGAUAGUAGUACUCAAAAUACAGCAGACAAUUCUGGAACUAGUGAAAACUCUGAUACCACUGUUAUCUUCAUGCAUCAAAGACAAGGAUCAGAGAAUUCAAAACGGAAUACAUUACCUACAGCUACUUCCCCAGAUGGGAUUGCAAUUCGUAAUCCCGUUUUGGAAAGGUUAACCGGACACACAAAUCGUUAUAAUGCAUUGCGCAAUGAAAGUUAUUACAAGGCUACACAUCAAACAACAAUUUUGUUGAAAGAAGAAAAAUUAAAUAGCCCUACUGUAAACCCAUCAUCAGAAGAGAUGCUGAUAAUUGAAGAAGACCCUCCCAAUUAUAAUUCUGUUAACCGGAAAAAAAUGGAGGAAGAAAAGCCGUCACCAAUCAUAUCUCCACAAGCGAGAACUGGUUCAACUAGUACUGAUGUGACUUAUGCUAGCCAAUUAUCAUUGGAUAAUGCCAACUCAGGAUUUUCAAGGGAUGCAUUCGGACGGCAAAGUAUGUCUGAAAAACGUCAUGCAACAUUAGACGCCAAAAAUACUGAUACAUAUCAAAGAAAUAAAAAAUUACGCGAAGAGCGUGGAGAUGAUACCAAAAUUCGCAAUGGUUUUCCAUCAAAACACCAACUUGGCCCUUCUCUUGGGUUGAAAAAAUCUUCCAGUCUAGAAUCAUUACAAACAAUGGUUCAAGAGGUCCAAAUGACCGAUGGUGUAUCAAAACGGGGCAAUGUUAAAGUUGUACGUGGUAGAGGAUGUGAUGAAAGUUUUAGAGCUGCUGUUGACAAAGAUGGCCCAUUGUCUUUACAUGAAUUGCGAUUGGAAACAUAUGGAAAGGAAUGUGAUGACCAUCCAAUUGGACGCAGACAGUCUUCACUUCAUUCUCCUACAAAGUACAAAGCAUCAACAAAUACACCACCAGUUGUUAACAAAAAAAAACCAGGACUACUUAAAGGGAUUGGUUCCAUGUUUAGGUUUGGUAGUAAACCUCGACGAAGUCAAGACUUAAACGGUACUUUAAGCUCAGAAGAAGAUAAUUCUGCUGACCGUGAGCGAGAAAUAGCUAGAAAAAAUGCUCGUGAUGAACAACUUAGAAUACAAGAACAAUAUCAAAGACUAAUUCAGCGACAGGCAGAAAUGCAAGAACAAAAUCAUAGAGAAAUAGCCAUAGAUGAUGGUACAGCUAAUUAUACAAAUGUACCUGCAAAACCUUCUAAUCCUGAACAAUCUCGUAUGGAUCGUAUCCAACAACUUAGAGCUGAACAUCAAAGAAGACACAUGGAACGUAGUGGAAAAUUCAUUCCUGAUGAGAGGGAGGAAAAUCAUUAUGAAUCUGAUAUCCGACAGCCCAUCGGUAAUACUCAAAAUGCAAUAAAUCGACCGGGUAGUCGUGUAGGUAUAAUUGAUUCUUCUAGAUUUAACCAUUACGUCAAUUUCCAAGAAAUACAGCAGAAUCUUAGUUUGAUGCAUGAAAUACGCGGCGUUAAGCUUCGACAUCACGGCAAAACAAAAAAACCUGUGUCAUGCUAUUAUGAUACUGAUGAUGAAAGCCGUAGACAGUUGCACUAUCAUUCUCAAAGACGUGAUCCUAAAGAAUCUGUUGCACGACCUAGUUCUAAUUAUUAUGAAUACGAAAGUGUGAUGAGAUCUCUACCGUACACGACCGGCGGCACAUCACGUCUGGUGGACAACAAUUCUAACUCGUUGACAAGACAAGUAGGCAGUGUAACUCAAGCUACGGCAGUGACGGGAACAAACAACAACAACAACAAUGGUGCUGGUCGUAAUCAAAAACAUAAAUCUUCGUCUCGGCAUCAGUAUCCUGUUCCAACAACCAAGUCGCCAAACUAUGCCCUGUAUGGAAGCGGUGAUCCCCAAGGCCACAAUAGUAUGCAACAGCAGCAGCUACAACAUAGAGGGCUGACAAACAACAACAGCAACAACAACUAUACUKGCGCUAUGUACCAUCAUCACAAUCAACAUCAACAACAACAACAGCAACCGCAAAGGUCUUCGCUGCAACAAGGACCAUACAUAACCCAAGUCACCAUUCGGGAUAACAAACACAUAAUAAAAAGUCCUAACAUUUAAUACCAUAUUCCUUGUAGGAACAAUAUCAUUUGAUAAUUUUUAUUUUUAAUAUCACAUUUUAUUUUUUUAUUUUAUUUUAUUUUAAAACACUGACCCUGUUGCAAUAUUUUUCCCUCUCUAUGAAGCGUUUUCUCAUGAUUAUUUUAAUUAUUUAUAUCAUCACAAAUAGUCUUAAUUUGAAUCCUUUACUUUAAUAAGUUUUACCGACUUAAUGUAGCCACAAAAUUUUUUUUCUUAAACCGCCACUAUAUUUUCUCAUUUUUUUAUAUUU